CAAAAAAAAUCCUAACAUGCCUAGUGAACUCAAAGUCUUGCAUAUAGUUCUUGUUCUGCUCUAUACUCUGUCUUCAUCUACUUACAACUCCAAUGGAAACUGGACCCUGGAGGGCUCUGCAGCUGACAACUCCAUUGGUGACACCAUUUUAACGAACACCAAGAAGCAUUCCUGCGGUCAAACUUUCAACAACGAAUCCAUUCCCAUAAAAGAUUCGUCUUUCAGCUUCCACUUCCUCUUUGGAAUAGUACCUGAGCAUACACAGUCCGGUUCACAUGGCAUGUCUUUCGUUAUCUCUCCUACAGCAGGCCUUCCAGGAGCUUCCUCCGAUCAGUACCUCGGAUUAUUCAAUGAAACAACCAACGGUAAAUCAUCAAACCACGUUAUAGCUAUCGAGUUAGAUAUACAAAAAGACCAAGAGUUCGGAGAUAUUGAUGAUAAUCAUGUUGCAAUGGUAAUGCGGCUUUCUAUCGUUUAUAGUCAUCCUGAUCAACAGCUCAAUGUUACUUUAUUCCCGGCUGAGAUCCCUGUUCCGCCACGGAAACCACUGCUGUCUUUGAAUCGAGAUCUCUCCCCGUAUUUUUUGGAGGAGAUGUAUUAUGGCUACACGGCAUCGACUGGAUCCAUUGGAGCAUUUCAUUAUAUGUUGAGUUCGUACGCUACUCCAAAAGUUGAGAAUCCAACAUGGGAGUUCAUCGUAGUCCCAACCCUUCCUCCAUAUCCGAAGAAAUCGUCUGACAGAACAAAGAAGAUUUUAGCGGUCUGCUUAACGCUUGCUGUGUUCGCUGUGUUUGUCGCCUCGGGAAUCUGUUUUGUCUUCUAUACGAGGCAUAAGAAGGUUAAGGAGGUUCUUGAGGAAUGGGAGAUUCAAUAUGGACCUCAUAGGUUUGCCUAUAAGGAGCUUCUCAAUGCCACAAAGGAUUUCAAGGAGAAACAACUUCUUGGAAAAGGAGGCUUUGGUCAAGUCUUUAAAGGAACGCUCCCGGGUUCCAAUGCAGAGAUCGCUGUAAAACGGACUUCUCAUGAUUCAAGACAAGGCAUGAGCGAGUUUCUAGCCGAGAUAUCGACCAUUGGUCGUCUCAGGCAUCCAAAUCUAGUCAGGCUUCUGGGAUAUUGUAGGCAUAAGGAGAAUCUCUACUUGGUUUAUGACUUUACGCCCAAUGGAAGCCUUGACAAGUAUCUAGACCGUAAUGAGAAUCAAGAACGGCUCACUUGGGAACAACGUUUCAAGAUCAUCAAAGAUGUUGCAUCUGCUCUACUACACCUGCAUCAAGAAUGGGUACAAAUCAUCAUUCAUAGAGAUAUCAAACCAGCUAAUGUCCUAAUCGACCACGAAAUGAAUGCAAGGAUCGGGGAUUUCGGAUUGGCAAAGCUGUAUGAUCAGGGACUUGACCCUCAGACAUCUAGAGUAGCGGGAACAUUUGGUUAUAUCGCACCUGAGCUCCUAAGAACAGGAAGAGCGACCACAAGCACUGAUGUUUAUGCCUUUGGGUUGGUAAUGCUUGAAGUUGUUUGUGGUAGAAGAAUGAUUGAGCGACGUGCACCGGAAAAUGAAGAAGUUCUUGUGGAUUGGAUCUUAGAGCUUUGGGAAAGUGGGAAACUUUUCGAUGCAGCUGAGGAAAGUAUCCGUCAAGAACAAAACAGGGGAGAAAUCGAGCUUCUUUUGAAGCUAGGUCUGUUGUGUGCACAUCACACUGAACUGAUUAGACCGAACAUGAGUGCGGUUAUGCAGAUCUUGAAUGGCGUUUCGCAGCUUCCAGAUAAUCUUCUUGAUGUCGUAAGAGCUGAGAACUUGAGAGGAAUGCCUGAAACAUCAAUCGAAGUACUACUUGGUCUUAAUCUGUAUUCAGUUGGUACAAUGACAUUAACAAAUUCUUUCUUGUCCCAUGGACGCUGAAACCGUUAAAGAAGUUAGUUUGAAU